GUAAUAAUACAGUGGAGUUUCACUUAUCCAACAUAAAUGGGCCGGUGGAACUUUGGAUAACUGAAAAUGUUGGAUAAUGAGGGAUUGAGGAAAAGCCUAUUGAACGUCAAAUUAUGUUAUAAUUUUGCAAAUUAAGCACCAAAACAUCAUGUUUUACAAAAGUCUGCCACUUCUUUGGGAGUGUGGCUGCACUUGUGUUGUUGUUGGGCAUGUUGGCUUGCUGUGCGUUGCUGUCUAAAUCCGGGCUGGAGGCAAACUGCAUUGGAUAAUCCAGAACAUUGGAUAAGUGAAGGUUGGAUAAGCAAGACUCUACUGUAAUAAUAAUAAUAACUACUACUACUACUACUGGAAUUUUUAUGGUGUCAUAGAUUAGUUAUAUUAGCCUCCCCGCAUAAAGCAGUACCUAAAUUUUCUACUCAACACAGGUAACUGUCUUUUGAGUUUCUUAGGUCAACAACGAGCUAGGCUAUUAAUGGUCAGGAGUUCAAUCUGACCCAGACUGGCUUCGAACUCAUGACCUCUCAGUCAGUAGUGAUUUAUUGCAGCGGGCUACUAACCAGCUGCACCACAGUCAUUGCAUAUAAGUUUGUAGUAAUCCUGUUUUUUGGUUGGUGAAGUUUGGAGGUUGGUGUAUGAAUACAGGAGAGAAAGAUGGAAGGAAAGAUGGAACAGUUCUCCAAACCGAGUCUUAUUUCCCAACUAAAAUAUAAUUAUGAUAAUAAUGAGAACAACAACACUAUGUAACAGGUGUCUUGCCCCUGGGUUAAAAAUGUCACUUCCUAAUUGCUUCUAUCAUAAAAACAUUGGAAAAGUUUAUUAAACUGUGAAAACUUUGCUUUGGCAAGACAAACCGCAGCACAUUUUGCUAUAAUUUUCCAAUGAAUGUCUCAUAGAAUUUCAACCAAUUCAACAUUGUUUGUGGCAGACACAAAAACGAAGUUUUGGGAGAAUCAUAACUACUUUCAAAGUGGGAGAAGGAGAACCAAGGGAAGCCACCUGUAACAAAGCCUGUUCUGGAAACACAGAAAUUUGAAAAGCAGAAAAGAAUGAAAACAAGAAACAGGAUCCAAGCGAAAAAUCCAAAGAGCUCAUCUUCCUUCCAGCAGACUAAUCAACCUGAAGGUCUACCCUCAGCAUCAGAUAAAAUUGACUGCCCCAAUUGUGGGAGAAUUUGCAAAUGCUAUGCACAUUUAAACAUAGAUGCCAGGCUCUACAAAGGAGAUAAAUCAUACAAAUGCAUGGAUUGUGGAAAGAGUUUCACUUACAGUAGAGAUUUGCAUUUACAUCAAAGAAUACACACAGGGGAGAAGCCAUACAAAUGCAUUGACUGUGGAAAGAGCUUCAGUGAUAGUGGGAAUUAUAGAAAGCAUGUAAGGACUCACACAGGAGAGAAACCUUAUACAUGCAUGGAAUGUGGGAAGAGCUUCAGUCGGAGUGACCAUCUGAAUUCUCAUCAAAAGACCCACACAGGAGAGAAGCCAUAUACAUGUGAGGAAUGUGGAAACAGCUUUUCUCAGAGUGGACAUCUGCGUUCCCAUCAAAGGACCCACACAGGAGAGAAGCCAUAUAAAUGCGAGGACUGUGGAAAGUGCUUUAAGCAGCGUGAAUCAUACAAUAUACAUCUAAGGACCCACAUAGGGGAGAAGCAGGGAAUGUGGGUAUGUGAAAAGAGCUUCAGUGAUGAUCGGACAUGUAAUAAACAUCUAAAGAUUCACUCGGAGGAGAAACCAUACAAAUGCAUGGAAUGUGGAAAGAGCUUCAAUCAGAGGGCACAUCUGCGUUCCCAUCGAAGAAUCCACACAGGGGAGAAGCCAUAUAAGUGCAUGGAAUGUGGGAAAAGCUUCAGUCGGGGUACACACCUGCGUUCCCAUCAGAGGACCCACACAGGGGGAAAGCCAUACAAAUGCAUUGAAUGUGGAAAGAGCUUCAGGAACAGUGGAUCAUAUAAUGCACAUCUAAGGACUUACACAGGAGAGAAACCAUAUAAAUGCUUGGAAUGUGGAAAGAGCUUCAGGGACAGUGGAUCAUAUAAUGUGCAUCUAAGGACUCACACUGGAGAGAAACCAUAUAAAUGCAUGGAAUGUGGAAAGAGCUUCAGUCAAUGUGGAUCAUAUAAGAAACAUCUAAGGACCCACACAGAAAAAACCAUAUAAGUGCAUGGAAUGUGGAAAGGCUUUCUGCAAUAGUAGUUCAUGUAGGAAACGUUGAAUAACUCACAUGGGUGAAACCAUGUUAAUGCAUGGGAAUGUGGGGUGAAAUUCAGGGGGCAUAUUCAUCCGGCGCAUAGUUUAUUGCAAUGUACCACCUUUUCCAGCACCCAAAACGGGAGAAGUCACAUAAGUCCAAUGUGUUGUCGAAGGCUUUCAUGGAUCACAGGGUUGUUGUAUGGUUUCCAGACUGUAUGGCCAUGUUCCAGAAGUAUUCUCUCCUGACGUUUCACCCACAUCUAUGGCAGGCAUCCUCAGAGGUUGUGAGGUAUGGAGAAACUAAGCAAGGAAGGUUUAUAUAUCUGUGGAAAGUCCAGGGUGAGAGAAGAACUCUUGUCAGUUGGAGGCCAGUGUGAAUGUUGUGAUUAAUCACCUUUAUUAGCAUUAAAUGGCCUUCCCUGCCUCACAUCCUGGCCUGGGGGAAUCCUUUGUUCAGAGUCGUUAGCUGUCCCUGAUUGAUUCCUGUCUGGAAUUCUUCUGUUUUCAGAGUGCUGCUCCUUAUUUAAUGUUCUGAUUUUUCAGUUUUUUUUUUAUUACCGGUAGCCAGAUUUUGUUCAUUUUCAUGGUUUCCUCCUUUCUGUUGAAAUUGUCCACAUGCUUGUGGAUUUCAGUGGCUUCUCUGUGUAGUCUGACAUGGUUGUUAGUGUGGGAGUCUACACUAACAACCACCAUGGAGUCUACCGUAUACCAUGCAGCUGUGGACAAGUCUACAUAGGGACCACCAAACACGAGUCAAAGAACAUGAAAGACACUGGAAUGUGGGAUGGUGUUUCUCAUGCGGGCUUUUGAAGAAGUCAGAUGGACAACUGCUAUGGUCCGGCAUGUUGUGUAAAUAAAAUGUAUAUAUCUGCAAUAAAGUUUAAGCCGCUGUCUACAGCUGACAACUGAGGAAGUCUGGAGUUUGUUCUGUGCGUCUUGAGCGGCUGCUCAGAACGUUGGAGGAGAGGAAAUGAGACCGAGAGGUGAUUAGUCUCAAUUUAACCAUUUCCUGACAGAUAUAACCCCUAAGACUGUAACGACUUAGUCUUCUGUUGCCUACAUGUACAUCUCUACUCACUUGUGCACUUGCUUUCAUAAUACAGACAUGUCUCUGUAUCUGCACAAGGUUGACGCAAUCUAUGAAACAGCAGUUCCCAAUCUGUGCUCCACAGAGCCCUGAGGACUCAAGUGUGCACUUCCCAGAGGCUCUAGGACUGAAAAUAAAUAAAUGAAAAUGGAAUUAAAUUGAAUAAAAAACAAAAGGUACGAUCAAAGUAAGAGUUGAACAGAAAAUUGCCUAGUUGCAUUUCGCACCUUGUCUAACGCUUGGUCAUUCUGCUGCCACUAGCUCCAAAAUUAUUGUAGUGUGAGGUGGAGAGAUGACGAGGCUGAGCACAUACACAUUGAUCGUAAAGGGUAGAGUUGUAAUGUAUUUAAAAACACAAACAAAGUUUAAAACUUCGCAUUAUACUAAAUGUUCUUUUGAUUAUAGCUCAACAUGGACAGGGCAGGAAGAUGGGGUCUGCUGAACAACAUGACAUGGAUGGGGUAGGAAGACGCCGUUUUUUAACAGCAAGACAGCCACUCACAUCAACUUUAGGUACCGCAGAGGCUAAAUGCAUUCUCCAUUUAUUCCCUGUAUUCAUGAUCACAGGCUAUCGCUCAUGGCCGAGCAUGAUUGUCUUCCAGAGGUAAGUCCUGGCAGUGGGUUAGAACAACUGAAUACAGAUUCACUGCUCAUGGACCUGUCCAUAACUAGGGGCUUUCAGAUUUCACAGUCCUUCCUCCAUGAGACUUGACUGGUUUAGGGUCUGCUUGGAAGACGCCUGGGCGUGGAUUCAUUUUAUGUGUGGGGAUUGGUGCACAACAACCAAAACAACCUUCACUGAAAGAGCUUCCUAUGCAAUUGCAUGGAUGUUGUAAUGAUUGGGGGCCUCUUACCUGUUGCAGCCUUUGUCUACCUUCACAGCCAUUCAACAGCUACAAUGCUGCUGUGUCUUGCUGGAGGACAACCUUCCACCCUAUUGCCCCCAGAAUGUCAGUUGGUGAUACUGUUAAGGACAUUUAAGUGCUACUGCAGAGGAGACAAUAGAACUAAUUUUGCUGGAUGGUUGCCUCCCAUCCUGUGUCUACCGGAGUGUCAUUGGUGGAAGUGGGAAGGGCUCUCAACAGUUACUGCAGAGGACAUGAUGGUGCUGUGUCUUCACUGCCUUCAACCCAUGCAAGAAAUGUCCAGUUCAGUCCAGGUGAUGGAGGUAACUGCACUCCCCAUUAGUUGCCUGCUGUGGAGGCUGCAUGGCACUCCCACAUCACUCCCCGUGCGUUGUCUGUAGUGGAGUGUGAGCUGCUCAAGACAAGAGGUUAUUAAGACUUUAUUUCAAGGGGAUUUUUGCAAAGAUCACUGCAGAUGCAGACUGCAGCCAGGAAAUCAGAAGACGUUUCCUUCUUGGGAGGAGAGCAAUUGCCAACCUUGACAAAAUAGUGAAGAGCAGAGACAUCACACUGGCAACGAAGGUCCGCAUAGUCAAAGCAAUGGUAUUCCCCAUAGUCACCUAUGGAUGCGAGAGCUGGACCAUAAGGAAGGCUGAGUGAAGGAAGAGAGACGCUUUUGAACUCUGGUGCUGGAGGAAAAUCCUGAGAGUGCCUUGGACCUUGGCAAGAAGAUCCAACCAGU